GGCGCACUUCAUGAGGGCAUUUGGGAAAUUGCAACCAUUUUGCAGUCGUCUGGUGUGUGUGUCGGAGUGGAGCUGAGAUUUAACGAAUAAAUAAAAACGCGAAAUUAGACACCCUCCGGCAAUGGAAAGCAUUGUCAGUGAUGUUGCAGUUGGCAUGAAGAGAGGCUCAGAUGAUUUGAGUCUCUACAGCACCAGCCCUAACUCUGUGACUGCUAACGGCAAUGACAGCAGUAAAAAACUGAGAGUGGAGGACAGGAUGGAGAGUCCCCCUUCCCGUGUGCUCCACAUCAGGAAGUUGCCCAGCGAGGUGUCAGAGACAGAGGUCAUCGCUCUGGGCCUACCGUUCGGCAAGGUCACCAACAUCCUCAUGCUGAAAGGAAAAAAUCAGGCGUUCCUGGAGUUGGGUACGGAGGAGGCGGCUGUUACCAUGGUGAACUACUACACGGCGGUGAUGCCUCAGGUCCGCAACGUCCCCGUGUUCAUCCAGUUCUCUAACCACAAGGAGCUGAAGACAGACAGCACUCUCAACCAGCGCGCACAGGCUGUCCUCCAGGCCGUGUCGGCAGUGCAGGAUGGUGGCUCUCCCAACUCUGACAACAGUACGCUGGACAGUGUUCUAGCCCAUGCCCCCAGCCCUGUGCUCAGGAUAAUCAUCGACAACAUGUUCUACCCAGUCACUCUGGACGUUCUACAGCAGAUCUUCUCCAAGUUUGGAACAGUCAUGAAGAUCAUCACGUUCACCAAGAACAACCAGUUCCAGGCCCUGCUCCAGUUCAGCGAACCAGUCAACGCCCAGCAAGCCAGACUGUCCCUGGAUGGCCAGAACAUCUACAAUUCCUGCUGCACGCUGCGGAUCGACUUCUCCAAGCUGGUCAACCUGAACGUCAAGUACAACAAUGACAAGAGCCGGGACUACACCCGGCCCGAGCUCCCUGCCGGUGACGGCCAGCCUGCACUAGACCCUGCCAUGGCCGCCGCCUAUAAUAAGGACUCCUCCCUGCUCGGUACCCCCUCUGGAAUGGGAGCGCACUACUCUAAUGGUGGAGGGUUUCAGUCUUCUCUCUCCCUCUCGCAGGGCGGAGGAGCCAUCAAUCCAAUGAGUGCUGCGGCGGCAGCGGCGGCGGCUGCAGGGAGGAUGGUGCUCUCCGGACACUCUGGUUGCAGCGGCGUGCUCCUGGUCAGCAACCUGAACGAGGAGAUGGUUACGCCCCAAAGUCUGUUUACCCUCUUCGGGGUGUACGGUGAUGCUCAGCGCGUGAAGAUCCUCUACAAUAAGAAGGACAGUGCUCUUAUCCAGAUGUCCGACGGGAACCAAGCCCAGCUCGCGAUGAGCCACCUGAAUGGCCAGAAGAUGCACGGGAAGAUAAUCCGUGUGACGCUUUCCAAGCACCAGGCAGUGCAGCUGCCCAGGGAAGGGCUGGAUGACCAGGGCCUAACCAAGGACUUCACAAACUCCCCCCUGCACCGGUUCAAGAAGCCCGGCUCCAAGAACUUUCAGAACAUCUUCCCUCCUUCCGCCACACUCCACCUCUCUAACGUCCCGGAGGAUGUGACAGAGGAGGAUCUGCGACUGCUGUUCUCUAAUGCUGGGGGCAUUGUGAAGGCCUUCAAGUUUUUCCAAGGCCACAAAAUGGCGCUACUCCAGAUGUCCACGGUGGAGGAGGCCAUCCAGGCCUUAAUGGACCUCCACAACUACGACAUGGGCAGCAACCACCACCUGAAGGUCUCCUUCUCCAAGUCAACCAUCUAGAUGAACCACGCCAUCACAACCCACCCCUCUCCUUGACUAACCUCAAUUAGUCAAUCAUCGUGACCCUCACCUUCUAGGGGGAAACUUUUCAGUCAGACAAUAUUAAUUAUCAAAAGUCCCCCCACUACUAGUAGUGACGGUAGUUUGUUCAAUGUCGUUGUUGUAAAACAAGCCCCAUCUAGAUCCCCUUAUCCCCCUCGACCUUAGUUUGUGUGGUUGGCAAGCUCCCUUCCCAUGUUCAUCAUGAAGAGGAAUUGUAUUCCCUCUUUUAUUAGAAUGAAUCAGCAAAAAUGUGCCUUACUCAGCAAAAUAUUAUCAUCGUUUUGCCUCCUUACGGUUCUACAAGUGAUGGUCUAGGCACAUUCUGUUUGGGGAGGGUAGUGUGUUUUCUUUUUGUUUUCUCUCCCUGUGUACAUUACUGGAUAUUCGCCAGAUUUUAUAGCUUCGAUUUUAAAACAUUUUUCAUAAUGUAGGCGAGGGACCUGAUUAACCGUCUUAGAUGAAGAAGCCCAUAUUCAGUUAGUUGGCUUUAUUUGUUUUCUGUAAAGGCUGACACCGUUGUACAUUUCACCUGCUGAGGACAUCCGCUUAGAUGUUCCCUUGCUGUCUGUUUUUCAAUCCUUAUUUGCAUAUACAUAAUUGUUCCUUUUGGAAAAUGUUUGAUUCGAGUGAAAAUGUCAGUGAAUUGUUUUGCUUGUGUACUGAUAGGUCAUGGUAGUAGUGAAGACAUGUUGCUGUUGCAUGCGUCCAACAUCCAGUUAGGCAAUGUGGUCAUAACGAAGUAUGAUUGUACAUGAGGAUGGACUGACUGUUGGGGACCAAAGUAAAUGUGCCUUUUAGACCUACUUUGAUUUUAUGUUUUCAUUUACAAAAACAAAUGUGGCUUGUGUUUUGAUUCGGGGGGAACGCUAAUCGAAGUCAAACAGUCCCAGAAUGUUUCUCCUUGAUUUAAAUGAUAUUCUGUGGUUUUUUGGUAAAGGAUUUUACCUUUACACCACACCUCCAGUAAAAACUGAACACAAAAUACAGUAAAUUUAAAAAGGUUAGGAAUGUGUGGAAAAAGGUUGUAUAUUUUCUACAUGGAUUGAGUUUUUACAUAUAGUUUGGAAAAGGCACGAUUAAAAGCUAAUUUUCUACCGAGUGAGUCCGUUUGAUGGUUCCUGCUGUGUGUACCUACUCUGCUUUAACUCUGUAGCAUGCUCAAUAAACUCUCCUGUAGCUCUAUUCACCCUC